AUGGCUGAGACACACCAUUUCGAUGUCAACAAACUGUUCGGCGUCCAGGGCUUUGUUUGUGUAGUGACUGGAGGGGGGACAGGCAUUGGCCUAAUGGCUACGCAGGCCCUUGCCGCAAAUGGAGCCAAAGUCUAUAUCACGGGACGUCGAAUGGAAGCUCUGGAGAACGCAGCGAAGAGUCACGAGCCAAGCCAUGGUGGGCAGAUCAUCCCCGUCGGGCCCUGCGACGUGCGCAAGAAGGACGAUCUUGAGAAACUCGUCAAGGAAAUCCAGAGCAAAGAAAAGUUCAUCAACCUGCUGGUCUGCAAUGCUGGUGUCGCUGGACCCAAGGCUGAGCCAGAAGAAAGCGAUGCUGAAGAUCUAAAGCAGAAGCUAUGGGAGAAUGAGAGCGUGGACGAAUGGCAGAGCACCUUCGAGACGGAUGUCACAUCCGUAUAUUUCACAGCCGUCGCGUUCCUGCCGCUCCUUCAGGGCGGCAUUGAGCCCGAAGGCCCAUUAAACCGAUUUUCUCCAAGCAUCAUCACAAUCUCCUCCAUGUCCGGGCUAAUGCGGCAUGCUCAAGGCCACUUCGCCUACAACGCCGCGAAGGGAGCCACGGUCCAUCUCAGCAAAUUGAUGUCCGCUGAAUUCCAACAGACCGGCAUCCGGGUUAACAGCAUCGCGCCAGGAUAUUUCCCCUCUGAAAUGACGACAAAGAGCUCGGAUGAGAAACAGAAGUCUCACCUGCCUCCAGAGAAGAUCGAGGAGAAGGGGCACGUGCCAGCAAUGAGAGGUGGUCGCGACGAGGAGAUGGGAAUGACGGUUUUGUACCUAGCCAAGAAUGAAUAUGUCAAUGGCGAGAUUAUUGCUGUCGACGGAGGCGUAUUGAACGUCGUCUCAGGGAGGUAA